CUCUUUCUUAAGGUGUGAAUAGGACUAUAUCAUGAAACAUGACACAAUAUCAUUUUCAGAAUUUGAGCAAGUGCACACAAAGGGAGCAGUGGAUCAGCUCUGCUGUGCAGUGGCAGAUACAGAAAAACCCCAAGGAGAGGGCACUAAAGGACAGAGUACAUAUCCUACAAGAAAAUGGAUUCACCUGAUAACCAUUUUCAGUCCAAUGAGGCUACCAUAAUAGAUAAUAAUAAGCAAAAAAUUACAGAAGAAAUUACUAGAACUUUGCAGGAAAUCUCCAAAAAUGUAUCAGAAAUGCAAAAGAUUUUUUCCAAGAUGGGAAGAGCCCAAAAUCACAGGGAAAUUGAAAACAAUUUAUCCCGACUAAUACAAUAUACAACAGAUCUCUGUAAAACAACCAGUACUAAACUGAAAGAACUGGCUGGACUAUGUACAUUAGGGACAUCAGUUGAUGAGAGAAAAUGGAAACUGCAGUUGAAGCGGCUGUCAGAUGAAUUUAUGGUGAUAUGCAAAGAAUUCCAUAAUACACAGAAAAUUAUAAGAGAAAAGAAAAAGAACCAAAUUACAUCAGGCUCAGAUACAGAAGGACAAUACUCAGAGCCAAGAUUAGAACAUGAAAAUGAUGUUGAAGAUGAACAGAUCCGAUUGCAGGAAUGGGAACUGAAACUCCGUUUUGUAGAGGAACAAGAACAAGAAGUUCAAAAACUACAGGAAGACAUACUGGUCAUCAAUCAACUUAUGAGAGAAAUUUCCUCAUUGAUUAAUGAACAAAGUGAGAAUGUUGACAACAUUGAAGCCAAUGUGGAAGAAACCACCAUACGUGUUAUUGAAGGAACAGAACAGUUACAGCAAGCAGCCAUUCACAAGAACCUCGAGUUUGCAGAUGGGCAGUGUGAAGAGUAUGGUUUCAACAAGAUGGUGCAACUGCACACACAGCUUGUAAGCACACACAGGGUAUAUCAAGUUCUGAAUAUAUGUAACAAGCUGAACUGCUUUGAAGAACUUGAGGAACUUGUUCAUAUUCCAAAUCAGAUGUGA